AUAAUUUCAACAUAACAAUUUAUCCUUUCGUUGUGAGUGUCUUCAUUUCUGCUCAAUUCAAUUGUUUACUCAAUCGAUUCACCGAUUUACCAUUGGAAACUUUUUGGACUAUUCUUGUUUCGAGUGAUUAACUUUGUGUCUCCGUCAUCAUGAGUCUUGCAAGUCGAGCUCAAACUUUGAGCUUAUUCUUUCUCUCCUUAAUUGUUAUCCAAAUGUGCUUAGUUACUUUCUAUGGGUUAGAAGUUGACGCUGGAAAGAAAAAGAAAUUAAAAAAAUUAGCUGCUCUUCUCCUUCUUCUCAAAUCGACGAAAAAACCUAAAUUCGGAAUACUUCCGAUUCCAUUGCCAAUUCCAAUUCCUCUUGUGAUUGAUUUGAUGAAAAAGGCUGGAGGAAAAUCAAUGAUGAGUGGGAUGAUGAACUCGAUGAUGGGAAUGAUGGGUAAAGGUGGCGGAGGUGGUGGAGGCCACAUGGGUGGUGGAAUGGGAGGCGGAAUGGGCGGUGGUAUGUCCAUGGGAGGAAUGGGAGGUGGAAUGAGCUCCGGCGGAGGUUGGGGAGGAAAUAACAUGAACGAGAUGAUGCAAAUGAUGUCGAUGAUGGAUUCGUAUGGCGACAUGGGAAUGAUGAUGGACGAUGGUGACAGUUGGGGUGGAAUGAGUGGAAUGGGAGGAGGAAUGGGUGGAGGUUCUUCCUAUGGUGGUGGUGGAAACUCAUAUGGAGGUAAUUCCGGUGGUUCAGGUGGAAACUACGGUGGAGCCUCAAACGGCGGUGGUUCCGGAGGCUAUGGAGGUAAUAACGGCGGUGGGUCAGGAGCCGGAGGUGGUUGGGGUGGAUCAAUGAACGGAGGAGGAAUGGGUUCAGGUGGAUAUGGUGGUGGAAGAGAUUAAUUGUAAAAUUUAAUCACAACGCUGGUUCGUUGAUGAUCAGUUAAUCAAUUUAACUUCAUCUUUUUUUAUGCUGCCAUUUUUCAAUCAAUCUAAAUUGUAAUCAAAUUUAAUUACAAUCUGAUUGCCUUUCCACAAUUGAUCAUCAUUUUUUCAUGUAAAUUCUCAAUCAACUAAUUUUGUUUUCCCUUUUAAUUGUUGUCAUCCCUUAGUGUCUUUCGUCUUAAUUGUUUCCCCUUAAUAAUUGUCAUCAUAAUUUACAAAUCAAUUAACAUCCAUUCAGAUACAAAUUAAACCUGAAAUCUCAAAUUUCUGUUAAUCACAAUUAACUAAUUGUAACGAAGCUCAAAUCAUCCCAAUUAACUUUUUAAUUGUUUAAGCUUCAGUAACAAAUCAUGUCUUUAAAUAAAAUCAAUGUUUCUUAA